CACACUGAGCUUAAAAAUCAAACACAGAUAAGAUUAUUAUUGCAACUAAUUUAAGCAUGUAAACGAAUUAUUUAUUAGGUUAUCAAUCGAAUGAAUAAACAAAAUAACAAAUAUAGUAUAUUUUUGCCAUUAAAACAAUAUAAAGUACUUGAACUUUAUCUAAAUCUUGGACAAAGAUUAUUUAUUAAAUAAACAAAAAAAAAAAAAAAAAACAAAUAAAUAAAUGAGUGUAUAAAAUAUCAAUAAAAAUGAGUUUAAAUUACAAAAAUAAAUGAGUAAUUCGGGCGUUUUAAAUUAAUGAGUGCAAACUGCCAUACGCUCGCUGGUGGUUUAAGAAAGCAGUAAAUUGCAAAGAAAAUUAUCAAAAAAAAUAUGAAACUAUUUCAAGAAAUUGUGGAACCAAUUAAUUGAAAAAUAAAUUAACGUCGCAAAUUAACGGGAGUACUAAAAAUUAUAUUAAAAAUGUUUCAAUAAUUAAUUGUUUCAUACAAAUAAAUAAAACAAAUAAAUCUUUUUGUAUAAAUAUUAACAAAAAAAAACACACAAAUUCUAAACAAAAUGUCUGAUAACGAGGAUCAAUUACAAAUGCCAAUGAAAACUACAACAUCAACAACAGUGCAUACUAAUGGUGAUAUUUUACAUGUAUCAUCAUCCAGCCAGCCCUCCACUUCAUCCGGCUAUUUUACAAGUACCAACAAUUUGAGAUUACAUUUCAACAAUAUUAAUUAUGUUUCUAAACAAACUAAAAAAAUACUACACGAUGCUUGUGGAGAAUUUAAAUCCGGACGUUUAACAGCCAUUUUGGGACCUUCAGGAGCUGGUAAAACUUCAAUGUUAAAUGUUCUAUCAGGUUUCAAAGCAUCUGGGGUUAGCGGCAAUUUUCUUAUAAAUGGCGAAGAAAGAAAUCUUUUAGAGUUUCGUAAAAUGUCCUCGUAUAUACCACAGGAAUUUGCCAUGUUAGAUCUGUUGACGGUACAAGAAACAUUGAAAGUAUCAACUGAUUUAAAAUUGUCAACACAAACCAAGCAGCCAGAAAAAGAACAAAUUAUAAAUGAUAUAUUACACAUGCUUAAUAUGGAACGCAGUCGCCAUACUUUAGUGAGAAAUUUAUCGGGUGGUGAACGUAAACGUUUGUCUAUAGGCGUGGAGUUGGUGACAAAUCCGCCCAUUAUGUUUUUCGAUGAGCCUACCAGUGGUUUGGAUAGUGUGGCCAGUUUUCAGGUUUUAACCUAUUUAAGAAGAUUGGCCCGAGAUGGCCGUCUUAUAGUGUGUGUUGUACACCAGCCCAGUUCACGUUUAAUGCAAUUAUUCGAUGAUAUUUUAGUGAUGUCCGGUGGUCGAGUCUUGUAUUCCGGUGCUCAAGAACAAAUGAUUCAAUGUUUCCAGAAGGCCAGUUUUGAGUGUCCCCAAUACUAUAAUCCAGCAGAUUUUGUUUUAGAGGUCAGCAGUGAUUUGGAUAAUCCGAAUUUAAAUAGACUUAUUGAAAAUAAUCAACUGAAACAUAUCUUAAAAUCGAUUAGCAGUAAUGGCACGGAAACUACGGGUCUUUUAACAAACUCAAGUUCUCACAUAUCGGUGGAUAUGAAGAAUUUAGCGGCGAUAACAAAUUGCACUUCACAUUGUGCAUUGAGGCCUAAGGAACAGGUGACAGUUUGUCGUCAAUUUGAGGUGUUGAUGAAGAGAUCGAUGAUUUCGAUGUGUAGGAAUAUGAUUGCUGUACAAUUACGUAUUAUAAUGCACAUAGUGGUGGCCAUACUCCUGGGCAUUGUAUUCUGGGACAUAGGUAAUGAUGGGGCAAAAGCUUUAACCAACUCAUCCUUUAUAUUCUUUGUGGUCAUGUUUGUAUUCUUUGGAAAUGCCAUGCCCUCCAUAUUUCUGUGUCCACAAGAAUGUGCAGUUUUCAUUCGGGAAUAUUUGAAUGGCUGGUAUUCCAUAAAAGCCUAUUAUAUGGCCAAAAUCGUAUCAGACCUGCCCCUACAAAUUCUAUGUCCCACACUGUUAAUGUCUAUAGCCUACUAUAUGACCGGACAACCUAAUGAAGUGGAACGUUUUGUCAUGUGUUGGGGUAUAUGUCUGCUCACAGCCAUUAUAGGACAUUUUAUAGGUCUGGUAUUUGGUUCUAUGUUUGAUAUGCAGUUGGGCGUCUUUUUGGUACCCGGCGUUACCAUACCCAUUAUGAUAUUUUCCGGCUUUUUUAUACGCAUUUAUGAGGUGCACUCAUUUCUGAGAUUUUUAUGUGAUAUUUCAUUUUUCCGUUACUCGUUGGAAGGUUUCAUGCGCGCUUUGUAUGCCUAUGAACGUACGUAUUUAAGGUGUGACCAGCAUUUUUGUUAUUACAAAAAUCCCCAAAAGUUUCUAGAGGAUUUGGGCAUGUUGGGAGAUUAUUAUGGUUGUGAUAUUGGUGCUUUACUUUUGUGGAUAUUGGUAUUGAAAAUUUUAUUCUUUAUUAGUUUAGUGAUACGCAUUAAAAAGGCUCAAUGAUUUUUUUUAUUAAGUAAUAUUAAUGUUAAUUAUGGAAUAAGGCAAUAAAUUGGUUAUUACUUAAGUUUGUAAAAUAAA